GUACUGUGUGAGAGCGGUAAGAUGGCGGCGGCGGCCGUGGUGGAGUUCCAGAGAGCCCAGUCUCUACUCAGCACCGACCGGGAGGCCUCCAUUGACAUUCUCCACUCCAUCGUGAAGCGUGACAUUCAGGAGAACGAUGAGGAGGCAGUGCAGGUCAAAGAGCAGAGCAUCUUGGAACUGGGGUCUCUCCUGGCGAAGACUGGACAAGCUGCAGAGCUUGGAGGACUCCUGAAGUAUGUGCGACCCUUCUUAAAUUCCAUCAGCAAGGCUAAAGCAGCUCGUCUGGUCCGAUCUCUUCUUGAUCUCUUUCUUGAUAUGGAAGCAGCUACAGGGCAGGAGGUCGAGUUGUGUUUAGAAUGCAUCGAAUGGGCCAAAUCAGAGAAAAGAACUUUCUUACGCCAGGCUUUGGAGGCAAGACUGGUGUCUUUGUACUUUGAUACCAAGAGGUACCAGGAAGCAUUGCAUUUGGGUUCUCAGCUGCUGCGGGAGUUGAAAAAGAUGGAUGACAAAGCCCUUUUGGUGGAAGUACAGCUUUUAGAAAGCAAAACAUACCAUGCCCUGAGCAACCUGCCGAAAGCCAGAGCUGCCUUAACCUCUGCUCGAACCACAGCAAAUGCCAUCUACUGCCCCCCUAAAUUGCAGGCCACCUUGGAUAUGCAGUCAGGUAUUAUCCAUGCAGCAGAGGAGAAGGAUUGGAAAACUGCAUACUCAUAUUUCUAUGAGGCAUUUGAGGGUUAUGACUCCAUCGAUAGCCCCAAGGCCAUCACAUCUCUGAAGUACAUGUUGCUGUGCAAAAUCAUGCUCAACACCCCAGAAGAUGUCCAGGCUUUGGUGAGCGGGAAGCUUGCACUUCGGUAUGCGGGGAGGCAGACAGAAGCAUUAAAGUGUGUGGCUCAGGCUAGCAAGAAUAGAUCACUGGCAGAUUUUGAAAAGGCCCUGACAGAUUACCGGGCAGAGCUCCGGGAUGACCCAAUCAUCAGCACACACUUGGCCAAAUUGUAUGAUAACUUACUGGAACAGAAUCUGAUCCGAGUCAUUGAGCCUUUUUCCCGAGUACAGAUUGAACACAUAUCUAGCCUCAUCAAACUCUCCAAGGCCGAUGUGGAAAGGAAAUUAUCACAGAUGAUUCUUGACAAGAAAUUUCAUGGGAUCUUGGACCAGGGGGAGGGUGUCUUGAUUAUUUUUGAUGAACCCCCAGUAGAUAAAACUUAUGAAGCUGCUCUGGAAACAAUUCAGAACAUGAGUAAAGUAGUGGAUUCCCUCUACAACAAAGCCAAGAAACUGACAUAGAGUUGGAUCUGUAGCGGUCCUUUGGAGAGUGUGUGUGGCGGGAGAGUGAACCUUUGGGGAAAAUGCUAGGAGAUUCUUUUUUCGUUUAUGUUCUACUUUUCGCUCGGAAAGUUUUUAAAUCCUCAUUUGGUGCAUCUGUAUUCCAGCCGAUAGGUGUGCCAGUUUUCAUGUAAUCUUUACUGGCCCAACUUGGGAGUGGGGAACUUGCUUAAAAAAAAAGAAAAAGAAAAAAAAAAGGUUAUUCUAAAUAAAAGGAAAAAGGCUUACACUA